AUGGAGUUCUCCCGCCGUGGCCGAGCCACCGACGACGCCGGCGACGGCCAACGCUUCCCUGACCCUCCGCCGCACGGAGACCCGAUGCUGGUGAUGAGGGACGCGCUGCUGUCGCAGCUCCAGAAGGACCGCCUUCGCCAGGAGAUCAUCGUGGCCGAGCUGGCCAAGAUAGAGCGUGCCAUGGCCCUGCAUACCACUGGAGUUUCUGUUUAUACUUUAGAGGCUUCCCUUACAAUUUUCAUUAAAAAAAUGACACCAUGA